AUGGCCGAUGGUACCUACAGGUUCCAGCAGCCUGGGGCCGGGCAGUUCUACUUCCAAACACAACCGCAGCAACAGCACUCACACCAGCGAACCCCCAUUCAAAACGGGACUAAUUCGCCAGGUCGACUGAAAUUCACCAACAACGCUCCCUCUCCUUCUCGAUCGCCCCCAGUUAACCAAUCCGCCUCGCUCAAUCCUUUCACCAUGUAUGGCCAAAGCCAUCAAGGACAGCAUGUCAUGAUGAAUGGCGGUCAAACCCAUCAGCGGUUUGCGAUGCAGAUGCCGAAGUUUCAGACGCAAAAUCACCACCCUCACCAUGCUCCGCAACCCACUCACCAUCACACUCACCAACCUCAUAACCAACAUGGCUUGACACACCAACAACACUUCCCCACCGGCGCCCUUGCUACCAACACUCCGCAUUUCACCUCAAACCACCUUCAGAAUGGGGCUUCGGCUGCCGGUGAGGAUGACAUUGAUGAAUCAAUGAACGAACACUGGCAGGAGCAACUUCAGCUUGCCGCCGAGUCGAGACAGGCAACCUCCCCCCACCACUACGCCCGCAUCAUGGCACAGCAGUCCAAGGGAAUCCAGAUCAUGCCCAGCCAAACCGAGACACCAGACCAGAAGGCAGAUGGCCGGAAUGGGCUUGUUGCGAGCAAACUGGCCUCUCGACAAGGUUGGAAUGCGUUGGACUUUGGCGGACAGGGCCUUCGGGUCAUGGCUCCCUCCUUGUUCAACUACAACUUCCUCGAGAAGUUGUACCUCAAUCACAACAAGCUCAAAGUGCUUCCUUCAGCAAUUGGCCAGCUGCGGAAACUGACUCACCUCGAUCUUUCCGGCAACGAUUUGAACGAGCUUCCUGAAGAGAUCGGUAUGCUCACGAAUCUCAAGAAGCUCUACCUCUUCGACAACAACAUCCGCACCCUCCCUUACGAAUUGGGCUAUCUCUACCGCCUGGAAACCUUGGGUGUUGAGGGCUGCCCGCUCAAUGAAGUUCUCAAGUCUCAGAUCAUGAAGGAAGGCACCAAAGCUCUGAUCAAGUACUUGAAGGAAGAGAUGCCAGUUCACCUGCCUCCCCCAGACAGAGAUUGGGUUAUCCUCGAUGAGACCGCGAGCUCCGGCACCAGCCCUGCCGAGAAGAUCACCGUUCUUUCCUACAACACUCUGUGCGAGUCUUCCGCCACCCAAUCACACUACGGCUACGCCCCCUCCCGUGUUCUCUCCUGGGAGUUCCGCCGCGAACUUAUCCUUAACGAAUUACGAUCCCAUAGCUCAGACAUUGUCUGUCUCCAGGAAGUUGAUCAGGGAAGCUACAACAACUUCUAUCGCGAACAACUUGCCUACAAUGAUUACAAGGGUGUUUAUUGGCCUCGAGGCCGAGCCAUGGGCAUGCAGGAAGAGGACGCCAAGUCCGUUGAUGGUUGCGCUAUCUUCUUCAAAGGCAGCAAGUACAUUCUGCUCGACAAGCAGCUCAUCAACUUUGGACAAACGGCCGUUCGCCGCCCCGACGCCAAGGGUCAAGACGACAUCUACAAUCGCCUAUGGCAGAAAGAUCAUAUCGCAGUUGUGGUCUUCCUGGAGAACCGUCAGACCGGAGCGCGGUUCAUGGUCGUGAACGCCCAUCUCUACUGGGACCCGGCGUUUAAGGAUGUCAAGCUGAUUCAAACCGCCAUUUUGAUGGAGGAAAUCACCAAGCUUUCGGAUGGCUAUGCCAAGUGGCCCGCUUGCACAGACAAGACCGCCUUCCGCUUCUCCGAGGCCGAAAGCGGUUCCGAGAACGCCCCCGUGGUCGAACCCGCUCCAUCCAUGGAGUACGCCAAGGGUGACCAGAUCCCGCUCCUCAUGUGCGGUGAUUUUAAUUCCAAUCCCGGGUCUGCGGCUUACAACCUCAUUGCCAACGGUCAUUUGCCCGAAGCACACCCCGAUCUGGAGAAGCGUUUGUAUGGUAACCUCAGUCGUGUUGGAAUGACUCAUCCGUUCAAGCUCAAGUCUGCUUAUGGCUCCAUUGGCGAAUUGAGCUUCACCAACUACACGCCAGACUUUAUCGACAUCCUGGAUUACGUGUGGUACUCAUCCAACACAUUGCAUGUUUCCGCACUUCUUGGCGAGGUUGAUAAGGAGUACCUUCGACGGGUCCCUGGAUUCCCAAAUUUCCAUUUCCCUAGUGAUCAUAUUGCAUUGUUCGCGGAGUUUACCGUUAAGGGGAAAAAGGGUAAGGUUGUGGAGGCGGACUUUGGGCCGCAACGGCACUGA